UUUUAAAUCCUUUUUAAAUUGUAUAUCAUACGACAUGCUUCUGUUUUCAGGUUAGACAACAAAGAAUCAAAAUUUCAGCUUGGAUCAUUGUGCAUGUUGAAUGGCUGCGUGUUCCCGGAAACACAUUCCCCUUUAAUUGGCCAAACGCUCCUUUUGACGCCUGUUCUUGGGUCCGUACUGAGCCAUUUUACCUUCUACCGGAUUUAUGAAAGGAGCUUGUCAAAGGUGUUCGGAGCAGACACCCAGCCAACUUCUGAUGAAAUGAUGGAUUUCUACGCAAUAGUCCAAAGAAAAAAUGGAAACGUCGUUAAUUCAAGGUUAAUAAAAUAUAUCACCCAACGAGCAGAAAACAAGGACAGAUGGGUCGGGGCACUCGUGAAGACGAAACUUCCAGUUCACAUGAUAUAUGGGCCAUCUGAUCCAGUUAACAGUGGAUACGCCUUCGUUGAUCAUUACAAGAAAGUAGUGCCAUCCCCGAGUAUUACUGUACUAGACGCAGCGAUAGGACACUACCCGCAGUGGGAGGAUCCGAAUGCCGUCUUCGAAUCAUACAAGUCCUUCUUACAGUCCAUCAAAAAGACUUAAAUUCUCACUUCAAGUCCAUCAUAAACCUUGGAAUCAUUCCACCAGUGCAUAAAACGUCUUGAAAUUAAUCCACCAGACCAUUUAGGAUAAUUGAAAUCAUUAUAUCAGUCCAUCAAAACGCAUUGAAAUUAAAUUUAAUAAAUCAAUCAGUCCAUCAAAAAGCAUUGAAUAAUUCCCUCCAGUCCAUCAAACGCAUUGAAAUCACCUAACCAGUCCAUUUAGACGCGUUAAAAUCAAUCCACAAGUUCAUUAACGAUGCACUAUUACUCCCAACUAAGUUUUACCAUGUUUAAUACAAUUGUUUUAAUUUACCAAAAAGGAUUAAUUAAUGUCAAAAGAAUGGUUCCUAUGAAGGAUACUGUGUUUAAUUUGAAAGAACGGUGCAGAAAACACGGUAUUUCUACCUUAUGAAACAAUACUAGAUCGCAGUAAAUCUUUUAGCAUUCACCAAUCAUUUAAUAUUUUUGCAUUUUCAGCUUUUGAAUACACGGUUAUAAACUUGUUACCAGUAAUAAAUAAUUAAUAUUUUCAUGUAUGCAUCAUCUAGUAAUAAGUUGAAGGUUUAUUACUGAGAAUUUAUGUUGUUUAUACAUGUGUAUGUAUUUAUUUUAAAUGAGAGUGUCAUCAGUUUAAGAAUCACUGUCCAAGAAAACGCAUCGCGAUCAACAAACCAGUCCAUUAAACAAUAUUUAAUAUUCCCCUCCAGUCCAUCAAAAUGCCUUGAAACAUUUUGUCAUGCUCAUUUGGAGGCAUUUCCAUAUUUAGUAUUUACCUUAUCCUAAAAAUUAUAUUGGUCUUCAGUUAGCAUGUUCCUUAAAUGCACAAAAUAAAGAACCCCACCCACCCUACCCCAACCAAUUUAAUUUGUCAAUUGUUUUUUUUUAUUCUUAACGACAGGAAUCAUUGAAACAUCUCGACAUUCUUACUUUAGUUUCCAAUAUUUAGUUUAAUUGUUAGGUGACCAAGAUUUCACUGAGGUAAAAUACUUUGUCUCCUAUACUAUUUCAAGCAUUGUAAUAUUGCCAUAUUUUGCAAUUUUUGAAGGACCUAGUAAAAACAUUUUUAAUUAUUUUCGGUAAAAAUAAAAGUGUUUUAUUUUCUGGACAAAAAAUCCUUUCAAUUGAUAUCAAUAUAAAAAAAAUAAAUGUACAGUCGAAAACCGUUGGCUUGGUAUCCCCGGGACCGGACGAAAUACUUCGUUCCUUGCGAAAAUCGAGCCAAGCGCGCAUCUUUACAAAGAGUAAAACAAAAUUGGUUCUCAACGUUCAGUUCCAGCCAACGAGGAAAUCGAGCCAAGCGGUUUCGAGCGAACGGGUUUCGACUGUAUGAUUUAUAAAAUAGUUCCUACGAAUGGUAUAAACCUGAAAUAUAUACAAAGAAGAGCAAGUUUUGCCGUUUAAACAUGAUUUAGGUUAUAGGACAAAUUCCAUUAGCGGAUCCAAGGGGAGUGGACCCGGCGCCCCACCCGCCUAAAAUCGUCAAGCUUUUUAUUUAAAUAUAGGAGGUAAAGAGUAAAGAAAUACGUCAAAAAUGCUCCAUUUCGGGCUAGAACUUGUGAACAUUUUCUACGGGGCUGGCCUCCCAACCCCUUCAACACUUUAAACCAAAUUAAUAUUGGUUCUAAGGAAGGGGCGCAAGUCAAAUGGUUACGCCCCUUCAACACUUUAAACCAAAUUAAUAUUGGUUUUAAGGAAGGGGCGCAAGUCAAACGGUUACGAAACAUCCAAUCCUGGAUUCACCCCAGCUUUCCACUUUAAGAAAUGUCUGACGCUUUUCAUUACUCAAAAUAUUCGCAGACUCUAAUGAUUUAUAUAAUAUUUAAUUAAGUAUCAAAGAAUGGAAAUUGUUACAAUGCUUGACAAUUUUUCACCUGCGUUUCGGAGGUUAAUGGAGACCGAAUUGAAACUGUAUAAUUGUUAUAUGUUGUAAUUUUAUUUUACAAAAAAAUACUUGUCGAGCAAUAAAAUAAUCCUAUAUUUUGAUAUGGUAUA